CUCUCAAUCGCGUUGAAUGUGUCGAACGAACAACGGUGAUCCGUGUAUUGACUAUGUGGAAGAGGACCUUUAAAAGGCGAACGGUGUAGGUAGGGAUUGUCCUGAAGGAGCUGUGUUUUCUUCUUCGGACGGAUGCAAACAGCUGGGAAGGGUUGUUGUAACGGUGACUUGUGUAAUUUCGAAGUACACAUGUGUGCCUCCUGGUGUGCAUGCGUGUGCCUUAUAUGGUGAAUUUUUCGAACGAAAGUCCUACAAUCCUUGGCUGGUUACUGUUUAAAUGGUUUAAAUGUAUCCUCUCGCCUAACUGUGUUUGGUGUGUGCAAGGAACGGAUCGGAUGGUGUGUGUGCAGGCUGGUGCUCCCUCCCCCAAUCAACAAAUUCGGUCGGGUCGCUACUCUCUGACGGCGCUGACUCAACAUUGAGCAUAAUACACUGAACCAGCAGAGGUUUUUCGCCAGCAUAGCAAAACCAGCAGCAUAUCCCUUUUUGGCAGUCCGUGUUUGUCGAGAGCGCCAUCUGGAGGCCGAAAAUAAUGGGUGCGUGAAUUAUGCUACAGCUCGUCUUGCAGUAUGAAAAAGUGAAAAUUUGUUAGCAAAAUUUUAAGCAAAAACGCCCGUGGAAAUUAUUCAUUUAUACUUAUUUGUGCGGUGUGGUUAUCUGGCGUAAAGAUGUGAUAGAAAUAAGAAUGUUUCAAGCUGUUGGCAUAGGGGGAAAUCCAGGUUCGAAAAAGGCAUGAUUAGGUUGAAAGGAAAAAUCAAUUUUUGUCCCACUAAAGAUCCCACAGACUGUGGGAUCAGGCUGGUGUAGCAGAAUAUGCGGAUGAAAAUUGAUGGUGAAAUUUGGUGAUGCGUUUGGCCCAUUCAAGGAUCGUUUAUUGUCCUUCCGAAAUGCAUAUGGAGAAAAUGUAUAUUUUGUAAUGAAAUUGUCCGCACGGAAGAAAAAGGUGUGGUGCGCGGUCCUCCCUAAGUGGUGUGUUGAUAGUCGGGAAAAGUCAGUGAAAAUUUUCUAUCCCUGAAAAGACGAAGCAAACGGCGGAGGAAUAGGAGGAUCGCCUUCAGUGGGGGGAAAAAGGAUACCAGGAUUUUGGAGCGUCGAGUUGCUGUUCCGUGAGGGAAACAAGCAGCUCUCAUAUUCUCUCUUGCUCGUCAAGUCGUUGUCGGCGCCAGACAGGGCCCCUACUCUGGGAUCCUGUGAACUGUCAUAUUCUAAUAUUUGUCAUCAGAGAGGGAGCAGGACUCUCGUCGGUUUCAUCUACAAGGAAUCGGCAGGCAGGCAGGCAGGCAGACCACCAAGUCCUGUUUUGGACUAGGAGUAGGAACAACAAAUAAUCGUCAACAGAGAAGCAUAGCCUUCCCAAUCACGAAAAUGUCGCUUCCAGUGUUUUUAGAAGGUGCCGUUGGCUCAACGCCAGACAAGGGUGUUCCGGAUAUGACCUGCAUCUCCGACAUCGACGAGAAUGGCAUCAACCGCAAUCUGAAAGUCCGCUACGAACGGGACCAGAUAUAUACCUACACCGGUUCUAUUCUGGUUGCUGUAAAUCCGUACAAGGAGAUUGACUGCUACACACAGGAAUAUGUCUACAAAUACCAUGGCCAAAAAAUGGGCCAACUUGAGCCACAUGUGUUUGCUUUGGCUGAGGCUGCAUACCGAAAUAUACGUGAUAACGACAGGAAUCAGUCCUGCGUCAUCUCGGGCGAGUCCGGUGCCGGCAAAACGGAAACCACCAAAUUCAUCCUGCAGUAUCUGUGCUCGGUGACGUGCGACGUUUCGACCUGGGUGCAGCAGCAGAUUCUCGAGGCGAACACCAUCCUGGAGGCGUUCGGGAAUGCCAAAACCAUCCGCAACGAUAAUAGCUCACGGUUCGGCAAAUUCAUGCAGGUUUGCUUCGACUCCAAGUGGUGCAUCAAGGGUUGCAUCAUCCAGGACUAUCUGCUGGAGCAGUCGCGGAUUACGUUCCAGAGUCCGGGGGAACGGAAUUACCACGUCCUUUAUCAGCUGGUUGCGGAAGGUUGCAGGAACAAGGAACUGGCCGGUCUGUUGCACCUGAAGGAUGCUGGGUUUUAUCAGUAUUUGAAUUCGCCGGGCAGUUCCGGGAUAGAUGUUCCGGCCGAGUCUAAAAAAUUCGAAGCGCUUCGAUUGGCGUUCAAUGUAUUGCAGAUAUCGCAACCGUUGAUCGACGGUAUAUUCAAGGUGCUAAGUGCCAUAUUAUGGUUAGGUAAUUUAAAGUUUGCCGAUAUUGACGGGGAACGUUGUGAGCUGGCAGUCGAAGACAAGGAAAUAGUGGCCAUCGUGUCGGAGCUCCUUGGGCUGGCUUGGGAAGAUUUAGAGCAGGUUCUGUUGAAACGCCAGAUAAACGUCCGGGGAAAUAUCACGGAGAUUCCACUAAAAUUACAAGAAGCGCGUGAAAAUAGACAUGCCAUGGCGAAGGCAUUGUACUCGCGAACAUUCGCCUGGUUGAUCAGUCACAUCAACACUUGCAUCAACCCGGGUCAGGAUGCUUCGCGGUUCCUAGGAGUACUCGACAUAUUUGGAUUCGAAAAUUUCAACACCAAUUCGUUCGAGCAGCUCUGCAUCAACUACACGAACGAAAAACUGCACAAAUUCUUCAACCACUAUGUGUUUGCUCUGGAGCAGGAAAUUUACCGCCAAGAGGAGAUUAAAUUUUCGCACAUUCAAUUCACCGACAACACACAUUGUCUGGAGUUGAUCGAGAAACCGCCUCGAUGUAUCCUGAAGCUGCUCACCGAACAGUGCCAUAUGCCAAAGGGCUCGGAUACGGCCUAUCUGACUAACCUACACGGCGAAUUCGAAAGCCACCCUCGGUAUGUCAAGGGCCAGGAUCGACGACACUGGGAGUCGGAAUUCGGCAUCCGGCACUAUGCCGGGGACGUUAGUUACACGGUGAAGGGAUUCGUGGACAAGAACCGCGACGUGCAGCAGGACGUAUUGUUCGAUCAUAUGAGUCGGAGCACAAAUUCAUUCGUUCAGGAAAUCGCCUCCUUCCAGGAUUUACUCUCGAUACAGCAGGUCCAGACGGCUUCCACUGUAGGAACUGUAUCGCGAGGCACAUCCAAGGGAAAACUGACCGUCAGCGAUACCUUUCGACAGCAGCUGCAAGCCCUCGUUGAUGUUCUGCAAAGCACAAAUCCCUGGUACGUUCGUUGCAUCAAACCAAAUGCAGAAAAAUUACCAAACGAUUACGAUGAUCAGCUGGUGCUGGAUCAGCUUAGAUAUUUAGGAAUGCUGGACAUCAUUCGGAUAAGGCGAGAAGGUUUUCCAGUACAUUUGACCUUCGACGACUUUGUCCAACGGUAUCAGUGUCUGACAAAACGUUUCAGAAAUCUCUCCAGUAAGGAUCAAGCGCUGGCCGUGAUCCGACAGCUUAAUGUGCCGCCCAAUGAGUGGCAAACAGGGAAAACCAAAGUAUUUUUACGUAGUUUAGUGCACGAGCCCCUGGAGGACGCUCGCAAACAGGUGAUAAAUUCCAAAGCCCUCGUCAUCCAAAGAAACUGGAAACGGUUCAGCGAGCAGCGUAGCUUCAAGAAAACGAGAGCGGCCGCGCUGCUUAUCCAGCAUGCCUACAAGGGCUGGAAGCUGCGCAUCGAGUUUCUCAAGAAACGACGCGCCGCCAUUGUCAUUCAAAGCCAUCUUCGGGGGGUGUUCGCGAGGGAAGUGGCAGCCGCAUUGCGUGAAAUGCGACGCGUCGAAGAAGAGAUGCGCAAACGGGAACGAAUGGAGGCGGAACGCAAGGAAAGGGAGGCAGCCCAAGCUGAAGCCGAUCGGAAGGCUCUGGAAGAGAGCGAAAGAGUCGCCAAGCAGGAGAUCCUGGCUCUGUCGCAAAUGGCCGAGCAGAUCAACUCGAAACUGCACUCCCAGCAGCAAGCGCACGCCGCCAUUAACAGCAGUAACAAUCUGUUGAAUAAUAACAACAACAGCAGCGAUUCACAGCUGAAUGGCGUCGGUGCCAGAGGGGAAGUGGGCGGUGGGAUGGCGUCGGCAAACCACGCCCACCAGCAGAGUAACGAAUCCGUUGAUCUGGACAAUCUGUUCGCGUUCCUCAGCGAGGUUCAGCCGAAUUCGGUUGCCAACUCCAAUGCCAUCAUCGACGAAAUCGGCGAAAAAAUGGACAACCUGGUGGAGGAUCUGGACGUGGAGCUCGAAUCGGUGAUCCAGCAGGAAAUCGAGGGACUGACGAGCGAGCGGAACAACAACGUACACCAGCAGAAGCAGAUGCUCCUAAAUGGAACGAACAAUAACAACAACAACAAUACCAUUGUUGGGAACAAACCGACCACUCCGAAGCCAUUAGGCAUUCCAUCCUUGCCGGAACCCACCGUACCCCCACCGCCUAUUCCCACGGGUAACAACAACAACGGUUCACUGCCAACACCAUUGCCAACGGCCGGCGAUCUACACCACGUUAGGCACCGCCAAGAGGAGCCAAUCUACGAGGCAGUAAUCCAUCUGAAGGAGUUGCCACCGCCGCCGGAAGUGCCGGUGCUCAGCCAGGACAACAAAGCCACCGGUCAAGCCGUUCCACCGGUUCCACAGCAUCAGUCACAGCUGCAGCAACACGCUGCCACCUUGCAGCACCAGCAUCAGCAGCAUCAACAGGCCCUGGCAGCCCACCAGCAGCAUCUGCAACAGACUCUCCAUCAACAGCAAACCACCAACCAUGCGCCUCCACCACCUCCCCAUGCUCAUGGAGUCAUCCAUCAGCCAAUGCAUCUGGAGAAUGGAGGAGGUCACAAGCUCAGACCAAAGAGUCCGGCGGUGAUCCGUUCGGCAAGUCCAGUUCAACGGGGUUCGGCAGGACCGAUGAGCCCUUCGUCGCCAAAACACAGCCGGCCGAGCUCGAGGGCUUCUUCAACCGGUGGAGGUCAUCCAUUUGCGGAACGUGAGCAACGUCGAAAGUAUCGCGUUGAGAAGAAGCUUCAGGAAAUGCAGCAGAUGGAUAUCAACGAACAGGAAAAGGAAACCACGAAAGUCGACAUGUACCACGAUUUGUUAGAGUUUGCUGAAAGCUACUACAAUACCCACGAGAGAUCACCGGAGGGCACGAUCAUGGCGACGCUCACCAGGAAAGGCCGCAAAUCGGUGGACAUGGUGCCGAAAUACGAAAUGAUCACUUACUACCGUGGAAACACGAUUCCAUCGUCUCACAUACACAUGUACGAUCCAGAGAAUGUCACCAUUGCCUGCAAUAUCUUUAGGGAUCUCUGCAAAUACAUUCGAGGUGAGCUGAACAACGAGCGAGAGCUACAGGUGAUUCAGUUCAUCAUUGGGCAAGGUAUCGAACGGGAGGAGCUACGGGAUGAAAUUUUCGUUCAGUGUAUACGGCAAGUGACCAAUAAUCCCAGCGUCGAAUGGACCGAUCGGGUUUGGUUGCUCCUUUGCCUGACGAUCGUGGCUUUUCAGCCAAGCAAGAUGCUGUUUCGCUACUUCGUUAGCUUUUUGAAGAAAAACCUUGAAUCGCUGGAUGGUAAAUUGCGGCAGUAUGUUCAGUGGUGUUUGGAUAACUGCAAGAACACCAAGGUGCGCUGUCGACAAUUUGCCCCUUCGAGUGUGGAAGUUGCGGCCAUGCGUCGCCUCGGAACGAUCGUGUGUCGCUUUUUCUUCCUGGAUGGACGCACUAAAGCGAUUGACGUCCAUCCAACGGAUACCGCAAGUGACGCAGUGGCCAAGCUGGCGGAGAAGUUAGGUUUAUGCAAUAUCGAUGGCUGGGCCAUCUACCAGUCCCGACCGGAUGGUGAGGAGCACGUGAAAUCACACGACUAUUUGUACGAUAUUAUCGCGGCCUGGGAAUCCAAACAAACGAAAAUUCACGCUGGAAGUUCAACCUUGCGGAAGAAUGCCACCACGCUCGGAUCGGGUGAGAAUCGCUUCGUGUUCAAGAAACGAUUGUUCAAAAGUACUCGGGAGCUGUCUCAGGAUCCGGUCGAGAUCAACAUGCUGUACGCCCAGGCCGUCUACAGCGUGGUCAAGUGUGAUGAUUUCCCUGUAUCGGAGAAGGUAGCCCUGCAGUUGGCAGGUUUGCAAGCCCAGGUGGCAUUGGGUGAUCCUUCCAAUCAGCCGAAACCGGAAUAUUAUUCGGAUGUGAAUAGCUUCCUUCCGGAACGAAUCUCGAAGAGUCGAGAGGAACAGUUUUGGGUACCGAUUCUCGCCCAGGCCCACCGUCAAUACGGGGCAGGUCGCACGGAACUAACCGCUAAGGUCUUGUAUCUUUCCUGUGUGAUGCAAUAUCCGCUGUACGGGACAACCAUGUUCCCUGUAUCGUACCGGGGCUAUUGGAGCUACGGAAAUAGUUUGAUCCUCGGCGUCAAUUGUGAAGGAAUCAUCCUGAUCAAACCUGACGAUAAGUUUGUGCUGUACGAGUUUCGAUACAGCGAGAUCGAGUCGAUCAUGCUAGAUCCGAGCGAUAGCUUCAUUACGAUCAGCUUGAACCGUCAUACAAACACAGCCACUAAUACUGAUCAGCAGCGUUGUUUCGUGUUCGAGACAUCGCAGAAAAACGAGAUCGGUUCGUUGAUCGUAUCCUACUUCCCGGCCCUCUCGAACUGGAUCACAGAGAACGAGGUGCCGGUGAAGAAAAGCAAGGGUAUCACGAACGAGGAUCGCGUAAGGCUGCAUCACAAUGUGGUUGUAUGUCGGCGCCAUCUGGUGGAUGCGGAGCUCCUACGAAAGCCGCAAGAUCCUAGCGGUGGCUUUUUAAGAAAUACCCUGCGGAGGCUUUCCAAGCAUAGACUGGAAAAGUUAAGAGCUGAACACGGUAGUUCGGUACACGAUCACGGUGAAACGUACAAGGGUUUCCCGCACGGUUAUUGGGCGUUCAGUAGACAGGCGUUACCCCAGAGUCUCAGCAAGAUUCCGGAUCAAGAGGAACAGGCCAUGAUACAGGUGUUCAAUUCGAUUCUUACGUACGCGGGACUCGGCCAAAACGGUGAGACUGUACAGAGAGCUGAAGAUGAGCACAUCACACUCAUACAAUCGAUCAUGGACCGUUGCAUGAGAAAGGAAUCGCUACUCAACGAACUCUAUCUGCAACUGAUCAAACAAACGACGGAUCAUCCGGAUCCAAAUUCACGAGUGAAUCUGCGUCACUGGGCACUGCUCUCGCUGGCGUGCAGUGUUAUUCUGCCACCGCAGAAAGUAGUACGUAAAUAUCUGAUUGGUCAUUUGAAGCGAUGUGCUAGCGACUUUAUUACCGAGGAAGGAAAGUACGCGCGUUUCGCCGAAAAGUGUUUCUUCAAGACGCAAGGAACUCGUCGAAGGCAGUGGCCUCCGAGUCGCGAGGAGAUUGUAUGUACCAUCAACCGAAGGCCUAUCUAUGCUCGGUUCCAUUUCAUGGAUGGACAGUAUCACUCGGUUGAGUUCCAUCCUAGCUCUACGUCUAGAGAAGUGAUGGAAAGUGUGAAGAAGAAGAUUGGACUAGCGGAAAACGCGCAAGGUUACGCCAUCUAUGAGGUUUUGGGUGCUUCCGAACGUAGUUUGCUUCCGGACGAAAAGCUUGCUGACGUGAUGUCCAAAUGGGAGAAGUAUCGGACAGCCGCUGCACAAGCUGUUCAACAAAAUCAGAGCUCCAGUUUGCCACCGGCUUGUCGUCGACAGCACCAUUUGUUCUUGUUCAAGAAGCAUUUAUUCUGCGAUCAGUACAUGAAUUUGGACGAUCCGAUAGAGAAGGAGCUGCUCUACCAUCAGGUUUUGCAUGGGCUGCGAACAGAACGAUUCCCUAUUUCGGAAAUGGAAGCGAUAAUGUUAACGGCACUCCAAGGUCAGCUCGAGUUAAGUGAUUGUACCGAUGCAGUUCAGGACUAUCGAGCAAUAGCUACCCACUGUUUGCCGCCACGGUUUGUGCCGAAUAUUCCACACGAAGCAGUGGCCAUGCAUCAUCAAAGUCUACGGGGAAUGACUUCUGCCGAGGCAAAGAAGUCGUUCCUCAAUUUGAUUCAAAGUUGGCCCUUGCAUAAGGCAACCAUCUUUGACGUGAUGCAGUCGUUUACUUCAAAUUGGCCCAGAAUUCUGUGGUUGGCGGUAGAUCAGAAGGGACUACAUCUGCUGGAACAUCGGUCCCGGAACACGCUGUGUACCUACGAGUACCAGACGAUCUUGUCCUACUCGCCCAACAUGAACUGCCUAAUGAUCAUCACCGGAUCGGACAAGAAACAGUCCAAGGUUAUCCUGACAACGUCACAGGCCUUCCAAAUUUCCCAUCUUAUUCGUGAGUACACUGAGGUGCUGCAAUCGACUCUGAACGACGACUCUCAGAAGGAAAAUAAUGCCAACAAUGCAGGAGCGGGUGGCCAGGCUCCCCAGGUGCCUCCACACAAUCAGCCACUUCCACCACCUCAUCAGAAUCUUACUGCGGCCCAACAGCAACAGGCAGCCGAUUUGCGAAAAGGUGGCCAACAGCGACCACCCUCGAUGAUGCUCCGUCAAUCUGGGGCAGCUCUGGUUGCACCACAGCCAAGCUAAAAAAAUGGGAAUCGUUAAUCCAGGUAAAUCCAGGUUGAGGUAAAUUAUCUAGCAAAAUAUACUCAAUAGAAACACGAUUAUGUUAAGGGCAGAACAAGUAUGCAACAUAGACUGACGAGAAGAGAGACGUUUUGUCCAGAAAAACGGAACUUAAGAUCUCCCUUUUAUAAAAAAAAACACGAGUAUCAAAAAUAGAUCCAUCAUCAAGAAAAAAAAAACAAAAUAUGAAAAUAUCUAUAUUACUGAAAUCCAAUGUAUCCAACUUUUGCUAAUUGCAACAAUCAAAACCCGUUAAAAAAAAACUCUAAUGAUAUUCUAGACAUAGUUCAAUCUGAAAAAAGUAUUGGAUUUUAAUUUGCGCAUCGUUGUUGCAGUAAAAAUGUUGUUUGAGAAGAUAUUUGGAUCCGUUACCUGAGGAGCAGACAGUCAAAAACAAAGAAACUCGUAGCAGAUAAUAGUCGAAUACAUAUUAGCAUCCGGAGUUAUUAGGCAACACCUCACAAGUUGAAUCUCGUACAAUUUGCUCAGCUACCACCAAAUGAAUGAAUUCUUUAACAGUCACCUCCAAUUACUGUCACUACAAAAGUUUUGAGUAUGCUGUGAGGUAAACAAUUCUUGAACUAAGUAGAUCCUAGUUUCUCUCACAAUUAACAUCCCCCACUACCCUCAGAUGCCCCUCUUCCAUUUACUCAAAGAUUUACUAAAGGUGGAUUUUUGUUUUACUUUACUCUCCAUUCAAUGACAAUUCUACAAUACACUGACACUGUUUCACGAAUUGUUUGGGACUCAGGCCAUUAUGCGAAUAAAAUUUAGCUUUUUCUUAGUUGUGUAAACUCGGAAUCUUUCUUCCAUUUCUAAUUUCUUAAAACAAAAUAUAACUUAACAAACGAAAAAAUGGUGCAGAGCUGGCGGAGUUUUCAGACUUAACGUUCAGGUUAAAAAAAACCGUAUCACCGCACUUUAUCCUUUGAAUUAUGACAAUGUGUGAUAAUUUUCCACAAUUGGUAGCACUCAGAUGCUCCGGGAAAUAUGAACUGUGCAUUAAAGAGUGCAAAUGUUUGCAUAAUUAUUACAAAUAAAUUAUGAAUAUUUUAUAGGAUUUUCUGCGUAACGUAAAUUUAAGUAGAAUGAGUACCCUAAGAGUGACGAUUUGUUUUAGUGAUUGAUUGGUGAAGAUUAGAGUAACAUUUUUUACGUCUAUCGUAAGUUAAAAGUUUACCAAGUUGUUCAAACUACAAGUUAGGAUCCUAUAUAAUUUAUAAGAAAAUCGAUUUAUUUCGAAGAAAUUUACUGUCUUGUAUAUUCCCUAUGUAAAUUGUGUAGAUUGAUUUAUUUAUUUACGUUAAUCGUUUCUCAUAGGUCGGCCAUAAUUAGAUUUUUCUCCUGUAUUUAAACAAGAAACUUCUACAAAUAGAAAGCUAGUGCAUCUUUUAGCUGAGUUUAUUUAAAAUAACCUAACCAAUUGAACUAGGAACGCGCAUCAAUCCAGCGAAAAUUGAUCCAUCAAUGAAAAAGAUUUUAGUUUAUUCUAAUCAAACAAAUAUAAUAAAUAUACUAUACAGAAGCUAUAUAUACAGAAUGCAAAGAAACUAUUCAAAAUGGUUAAAUAUGAUUAUUGACUAGUUAAGAAUCAAAUGUUGAAAUAUCGGAAAUCAGAAAAUGCCUAAAGGAAAAUAGUAAGCUUAUAAUGUAAAAAAAACCAAGAAGAAAUCUGUUCUAAACAAAAAUUCUUUGCUAUCGAGAUGCUUCAUGUCUCGACAACUUUUUUUUUCUCCUAUAGAACACAUACCAUACAAAAACACAAUCAAUCAUACACACACACUAGUCAAAUGAGGUGACCGUUAUUUCUAGUGAAUUGCUACCAAAUUGAAGGCACCAGUUGGGAAGACGCUGCCCUUCGCAAUCCGAAACUUUACCAGAAAUCCUACCUGCAUAAAAGUACAUACGAAGCUUGAAGCUAAGCAUAAUGCGUUCGUGUCCUAUCUACACAUACAAGUCCUAUCCAAACGACGCAUAUGACGCUAUACAUUGACUCGAAACCGUUCAAAUGCUUCCAUCCUUCUUUCAAAUCUCUUCUAUGAUCCUAAGAACUUAAAACAUCUUCUAACCUUAAGGUUAGCCAGAACAUGAAUACUCCGAACAUUUUUUUAGUAUAAAUAUCAUAAGAUCGAUUUGACGGGCAGAUUAGAAAAAGGAACUAAAUGGUACGGUGAGCGAAAUUCGGAGAUCACGAAUGAGUGCAGAUAGUUGAGUAAGUGGAAGUUUUCCAGCGGUUUUCCAAUCUCUGUUUCACUCAAACUUCGCCGUUUCUAGUAAUAACAUUUGAGUCUUACCAGCGAAAGAACACAAUAAAUUAUGAGGUUAAACGACCAUUCAGAGCUAAA